AUGUCGGCAGCAAAUAUCAAAAGAUCACUCCACGCCCUCGGCGCUCGUACAAAAUACGAGAAAUCUCUGCUCAAAGCUACUUAUCACGGUGACAACGACCCUCCAAAAGAAAAGCACGUCCAGACAGUCUUGUGGACCCUUCAAGGCCAGAACAUCCAAACUCCUCCAGAAGUAGCCUUUUCACUUCUGACCCAGCAGCUCUUGACAAGCAGCUGGGCUACCCUUCUUAAAGCUUAUAUAAUCCUUCACCGUGGGAUCGAACAGGUUGGAACAGGCUACUCAUCACGUCUUGCUGAGUUAAAUAUUUCAAUGCAAAGCUUUAAUGAUCCCAGCGAGCGUGGCAGUGCCCACAAUCAGAUAAUCCAAGACUAUUAUGUCUUUAUCCGAUCUAAAGCCUUGAACCAUUCUCGCAAAGGCUCGCUUAUGCUAACUCAGCAAACUGACUUAUUUAAAGCAAUUGAAAAAAUGACAGAUGCGGACUUGGUAAAAGAAAUUGGGUAUUUGUUGACUGAGCUGCAAAAUUUGGUGAAAAUGGGGCCUAGCUUCAGCCAGGCUAUCAGAAAUUACCAAUUAAAAGUCACUCAGAACGCAGCGUUUUUAGUUUUGAAAGAUGCCACGCCACUUUACAGAGUGAUUUCUGUAGCACUUGACAAAAUGGUAGAUAGAUUUUUUGGGUUUGAUAGACAAAUUGCAGAAAUUUCAAUGGAGCAUUAUAAGCGCUUUGAAACUUGUACAAGAAUGCUGAGCCAGUUCUUUGAGUUAGCACAUCAUUUGCCGUUUUCAGGACUUGCACCACCUACAUUUGUGAAUAGACCAAGAGAAAUUGUGUCAUCAAUGAGAUCUUAUAUAUCAGAACAGCCUGAGCAUGUUCCGUCAGCAGAACGUGCCGUUGAUAUCCCAGAAGAUCUUCAUAUGUCCCCUUCAGAAUUAGAAGAACAACGGAAAAUGCUUGAGGAGUAUGAAAAGCAGCAUAAUAAAAAGGUUGAAGAAGAAAAAAAGCGAAACCCUCCUCCAGCGUCGCAGCCUAGACAAGAAGCAGCUGUGAAGCAAGAUGACGACUUAAUAUUCCAAGAAAUCACUCCUCCUUCAGCUCAAAAAGUUGACCCAAAGGCUGAAUUUGUGAUGUCUGCGUUUAACCAGCCACCUACAAAUCCUGGGAAUCCAGGCGAUCCUAAUGCUAUGAUGAACCCUAUGAUGAACCCAAUGAUGAACCCAAUGAUGACAGGAAUGAUGAUGAACCCGAUGAUGAAUCCAAUGAUGAACCCAAUGAUGAAUCCGUUCAUGACUGGAAUGAUGAUGAACCCAAUGAUGAACCCUAUGAUGACUGGAAUGAUGAUGAAUCCUGCAAUGCAAACUGGGGCUAAUGCCAAAUCAAAUUUAGAUCCACUUUCACAGCCUAUUGGAAAUGCGGUUCCUGAUAAGAGAAAUAACCCAUUCAAUAGAGCUUCUACUGGAGCAAAUCCAUAUCCAGGAACUCAAGCAAACCAGGGGACUUUUCCUGUAAAUGCAGGAUCAUCUUUAGAUGGGUUGUUUACUCAGCCUCAUCAAAGAGCUUCAAAUCCUUUUGAGUCUUCAAACCCAGCUUCUAACCCGUUUUCUGCUCCGAAGACAGCUACUUCAAAUCCGUUCGGAACUCAACAGCCAAAAGGAAAUAUAUCAAGAGAUCCAUUUUCUGAUUUAAUUUAA